UGUACUUCCUCAAAACAUCUUAUUCAUUCUCGACUUAUGGCUCAAGUAAAGAUUUAUGUUUACGAUAUAUCUAAUGGACUUAUUAGAACACUUCCACCGCAUCUUUUGGGAGGGCGUAUAGAUGGUAUAUGGCAUACCUCAGUGGUUGUUUAUGGACUGGAAUAUUACUUUGGUCAGGGCAUUUUAUUUGAAUUACCGGGAAAUACAAUUCACGGUUCUCCACAAGAAAUUAUUGAUAUGGGCGAGACUGAAAUACCAUCAGAUAUUUUUGAAGAGUAUAUAAGUGAAUUAAGAGAAAUAUUCACAGCGGAAAGUUACCACUUGUUAGAUAAUAAUUGUAAUACCUUUACAAACAAAGUUUGUCAAUUCCUGACCGGAAAAUCCCUUCCAGAUCACAUCACCAACUUACCGGCUGAUUUUCUGACCACUCCUUUGGGGCAACAGUUUCGACCCAUGCUGGAAUCAAUGUUCGGCCCGAGUCGCCUGUCAUAA